AAAUGUCAUAAAAUAAUGAUGAUUAGCUUCCUGAAUUACAGAGAGAAAUAUAAGAAUGUUUAUAUGUACUUGAACACAUAUAAAAAACACCCUAUCCAUAUCCCAAUUCAAUACUUUAACUUUAUUAGGAUCUCAAUAAAUCACUCAAAAAGUUAUUUAAAAAAUCAUAAAGACUAUAAGAGUAGAGCAUUAUUCCAAAUAGCGAAGCUUCAUUAAAAUAUUGUGAUAGCUCCUUAGAACUAUAAUCAAUAAUUUAUAAUAAUCAACUUUAAUAAACUCAUUUACUAAAUCAAAAAGAUAUUGAAAGGAAACAACAAAAUCUGAAGUCUAUGUAUACAAAUGCAAAAGAGCAUCUAUAUAUAGAUGAUAAAAAAAAAAAAGGAAGAAGAUUAAAGUGA